AUGGUGAUUGAAGGAGAAAGUGAUCAGAAUCAGAAAGGGAAGGAAGGCAAGAAAAGAAUGUUUGGGAAUAGAUGUGAAGGUUCGGCUCAAGGGAGCCAAAGUGGGAAGAAUUUCAAGAAGUUUGGAUUUCAGAAUCAAGGAGGUUCCCGAGGUUUUAAGAAAGGUGAUAAUAGGAACCCGAAAAAGAUUCAAGGACUAAGUGGUCAAAGGAGUCAACAAGCAACUUUAGAAUGUAAGUUCUGCAACAAGAAACACACGGGUAAUUGUAAUAAGGUUGAUAUUGUCUGUUUCAAGUGCAACUCGAAGGGUCAUUAUGCGAACGAGUGCCAAAACCCGAAGCCUUCUGUUACAUGUUUCAAGUGUGGAAAGACCGGUCACAUGUCAAGAGAUUGUAAAGCUUCUGGAACCAGCAAGUUGAUGCAAUUGGCAGCUACCCCUUACAAUCAAGGAAUGAUAUCUUCUGUUCCGACUCUACAACUACCUUCUACUCAAGUCUUUGAGUCUGCAACUCCUGUUUUCCAUCCCGCUUAUCCGGCUCAAGUAAGGACAUUCAACAUGAAUGUCAAAGAUGUUGUUCAGAGUUCUGAGGUUGUGGAGGGUACGCUUUCUGUCAACAACAUCCAUGCUAAAGUUCUAUUUGAUUCCGGAGCUACUAGAUCUUUCAUAUCUGAAACUUUUGUUGGCAAGUUGAAUUGUGAAAUUGAACCGUUAGUUGAACCCUUAUCUAUCAUUGUUGCUAAUCAAGAGCAAGUUUCUGGUAGAAGUAUUUGCCCCCGAUGUACAAUAGAGAUUUCUGGUGUUAGUUUUCCAGCUUCACUUAUACCUUUUCGAUUAGGAGAAUUUGAUGUUAUAUUAGGUACAGAUAGGUUAGCAGAAAAUGGUGCUCAAAUAGAUUGUAAGAAGAAGAAGAUAAUUCUUAAGUCUCCACUGGGAAAGAAAGUAGACUUUAAAGGGCAGAAACAAGUUAACACAUUUGACGAUGAUUCAGGCUAA